ACGAAGAAGAAGCACAGUCGAGCCAAGCAAAAUGUGUGCAUUUCAGAUUUUAAUGAACUACUGAUAUAAAUAUCUGGGGGAAAUUAGUUAUCGACAUUUUUCUUAACUUCAUAGUUGCUAGAAACGGAAAAUCCGGCUUAGGUGUGCCUUACCAGACUGUGGACCAUGAUGGACAGAAGAAAAGCCUUAACUAUACCAUUUACUGUUGAUAAGGAUAAUUUGAUGGAAAACCCACUCAGAAUCCCCACAUCAUAUCUUUCACCAGAGUGUGGGAAGUUAGAAAGACAGGUAUCUUGGACUGCAUUUGCUGGAUCCAAACCCAGACGUCACCGUGACUCCCAACCUAGAAAUGGAUCCAUGAUGUUUGAUCACAACCACGCAGCUUUGGUCAAGAUGGGGCUAGCCAGGAGGAAGCCUUAUUUAGUUCUGACAGAUGUGCUGAAGACAGAGCUGGGCAGAGCUUUCAUGGAACAGAAAAAAGCGGCCUUUAACUUCCAAAAUAAAGAGCUAGUGUCCAGCAGGGAGCGGCGUCGGUGCAGAGAGCAGACCCCGAUCUACAGAGAGAAGACUCUCAGGGAGGCCAAGGACGAGAAGAGCAAGACUGUCACCCCAAAACGGAAGCAGACCACCACCCCCACAUCCGUCCGGUCCAGACUAAAGUUAAAGAAUGAUGAUGACAAAGAGGACAAAGAUGAAAACGGAGAUGUUCAAGAAGUGAAAAUAGGCAAGGACCAGAAAGAAGACUAUAAGGUUGCUGAAGUUAUAGAUUGUGGACUGUCAUUGAGGUGGGAACAUCCUAAGGAUACAGGACACUGUAAAUUCACCCCAAAUAAAAUCAACGACAAAUGGACGGAUCCAGAAAAUGACUUGGAACACAGUUUGAAGAGGAAAGUGAAAGAUGCAGAGACCCAAAGCACGGAAACACACUCCCCAAAACGUCGACGUGAGAGUGUGCUGCGCCUCUCUGGGACAAACAACAAAGACGGAGGACCAGCUCCUACACAAAUUUGCGUGGAGGAAAGUGCAGAAGACAGGGAUUUGGAGAACCUGGGCCGUGGCAUUGUGCAGUUCACAGUAGGAGAUGAUGAGAACAAUGGAGGAGCCCUGAUCCCAGUUACAAGCCCCAGUUCUGGAGACUUAAAUGCAGCAAUUGUGCUCUCCAGUGAUGAUGAGGAGGGCGGUGAAGGCACAGUGACACAGAAGAAGCCCCCAGAUGAAGCUGUGACCCCACAGCUGGAAGCCAAGGGCAUAGAGGACAUGCAGGUGUUGCAUGUAGUUGUAGAUGAACAUUCUGGGACAGUAGCACUUUCACCAAUCACCACUGUGGACAACACUUGUCUGGGGUUGGCCUUCACCACCUUGUACUGUGGACGGUACCAGGGAAAGGCCAAUGGAGACCUCUUGGUUACAGAUACAAAAAUCAUCAUGCCAUUAAAAGACAUUAGUAAACAGGUGGAGGUGAUAUUAAGCAUGGAGCGCAAAGAGCUGAAGAAGUACAGUAUAUGGGACCAUGACGAACUGGAAGACCGGGGAUUUUUCUGUAAGGGCAACAAGAAGCCACCGCCUGCUAUUGUCCUGUUAUAUGUGUCAGAAACUGCUGCGACUGCUCUACAGUGUGACCUCAGCACACUGGGCGCUAAGGAAGAUGGAAACAAAAACACUGAAAAACCCAGCCCCUUUGUCCUGCUCACUCUGAAGGAUAAUGUGGAGGGAAUGAUGGGGGCUUUGUUGCGCUCCCUCCUGGACAUUGACUGUCUCAACAGUCUUGCAAAUGAGAAUUCAAUAAUGGACAAUACUGAAUAUAGUUUUAGUGGUUUGGACUUCACUGGUCCAGUUCUGUCACUGGAUGACAGUGUGGAGCUGAUUAGAAGAACUGGACUGGAUCCACACCUGCUUAAGCUUCUUGGCCAGGAGGGCACAGUCCUUGGACUUGAGACAGACCUGGACUGUCCACAACUGGAGACCGACCUGGACUGUCAACUGGAGACAGACCUGGACUGUCCACAGCUGGAGACAGACCUGGAGACAGACCUGGACUGUAAACUGGAGACAGACCUGGAUUGUUCACAACUGGAGACAGACUUGGACUGUCUACAACUAGAAACAGACCUGGACUGUCCACAACUGGAGACUGACCUGGACUGUUCACAACUGGAGACAGAACUGGACUGUUCACAGCUGGAGACAGAACUGGACUGUCCACAAUUGGAGACAGACCUGGAUUGUCCACAACUGGAGACAGACACCCCUGCACCCAUUCAAUCAGAGGUUGAGCCAAAGCAAGACUCAAUAGGAAAGCUAGAGCAUGAAACAAAGCUGCAAAUCCAACCAGAAGUGAAUCAGAAGCAACAAGACCACGAACACCCGUCUGAGAAAAGCAGAUCAGACCUCGAUCCUGUAUAUACACUAUGCCAUCGUAGACUCAAAGGAUCCUACUCUGUGUCCUUGUGCGAAUCAGACUCCAGCUGGGUUAAAUAUAAACAUCAGGGGCUGCCUCAAAGGUUAAUCCAGUUUCCUCCUCCACCACUCAAAGGAGGAAUUACUGUCACAAUGGAGGACCUGCAGUGCCUUGACAGUGGGCAGUAUCUCAAUGAUGUUAUCAUUGAUUUUUAUCUAAAAUACCUCCUCCAGAAUGCCUCUGAGGCUGUGGCUGAGCGCUCCCACAUCUUCAGCAGCUUUUUCUACAAACAGCUGACUCGCAGGGACAACGCCAGUGAAGGCAGCACCAGCGACUCCUGUCAGAGGCAGAGGCGGCAUCAGCGGGUUAAAACAUGGACACGACAUGUGGACAUCUUUAACAAAGAUUUUCUGUUUGUGCCUGUCAAUCAGGAGGCUCAUUGGUAUUUAGUCGUCAUUUGCUUCCCUGGACUAAACGAGCCAAAACAAGAGAUCUGGACUCCAGAUUCUCAAUCUGUGAAGAACCACAGUGGGUCAGGAGAGUUACAGCAUCAAGAUGAGGCUCAGGGAUAUAAAAGUCCAAAUAAUAACACUGAAGCAUUGCUUGGAUCAAACUCCAGUGAAAAUCCAGAAAGGGAAAAUUCUCAAGAACAGUGUACCAAAGACACAUUACCUGGUCCAGUGAAUUGUACUGAGCAAACCUGCCCGAGGAAGACUAUUUGCAAAAGGCCAUGUAUUCUUGUUAUGGACUCCCUCAAACGUUCUCUUCAUGAGCGUGUCUUCAAACUUUUGCGAGACUACUUGUUGUCAGAGUGGGAGACCCGUCGUGGCUCCUCGAAGGACUUUGGUCCAGAUCAGAUGAAAAGCUCACACUGUCAAGUUCCCCUUCAGGACAACAACAGUGAUUGUGGACUUUACCUGCUGCAAUAUGUUGAGAGUUUUUUGAAGGACCCUGUUGUUCACUUUGACCUCCCUUUACAACUAAAACGUUGGUUCCCCCGUCAGCAGGUGCGAAGGAAACGAGAUGAGAUCAGAGAUCUGGUGCUCAAACUUUAUCGACAUCAAAACCUGGACAAUAAAAGAUAGAUACCAGAGCCUACUCUGCUGUUCAAUGCAUCACAUUCCUGUUACUAUUAAUAAACCACUGCUCAUAAUGAGUGACGGACAUUUCAGUGUGAACUGAAAAUAUUUCCUUAAAUUUAGGUUUUGCUAUUUCUUGCUUUAAUUUGAAGAAACUAUGUAAACUGUCUGUGGAUCCUGUAAGUGAAUAAAAAAAGGCAUCAGUAGUUCAUUUAAAGUCAACAGGUAGCUGUACAUCUAGAAAGUCAAUUAUAUCGAAUGUUUAUACACCCCAGCUUUUACUGAUUAUCUUCAUACUACAAGAUAUUUGAAAAAAAAAAAAAGAAGCAUUUUUUAUUAAAUUAUUUUGAGCCCAACAAGCAAAUCAUAAAGCAUUUUGUUUUAUGAAGUUAUUUCAGUGUUAGAUUUUUUUACUUUGCAAACAUUUUUUAGACAUGUACUGUCUUGUCCUUUAAUGCCAAAUUUAUAUUUCACAGAUUCUGGUUUUAACUACUUGAGAUUUACAUCAGAUAUUGGUUAAAACAGGAACAGAUGCAUAGGGUUUCGUUAAACUGAUGGAAUCUCAUGUCCAAUGCGAUUACGCCAAAUUUCUUUUUAAAAAAAGAAAAAGAAAAUAACCUGAUUAAUGAGCAUUCAAGUGCCUCACUCAGUUAUUGUGAUCAGUCGGAUGGCUAGUGAGGAUUCUUGGCAGUUUGUUCAGAUGACACUGCUUCCCUCUGUAUUUUGCAGCCAGUCCUAGAUUCAACUGGGGUACUAAGAUGGUUUCUAAAAUGAUCUUUGCCUCAAGAAACAGAAGCAGACCAAAUAUGGAUGUUAAACAGUCUGUGGAGCUCAUGAUGUCAUUUUGCAUCAAUAAUGUCCUAUAUCAGUGUUAGAAAAUGCAUCAGUGUUUUAUCAUAGUUUAUGAAAGUUGUUGGUAAUAUAUGGCACUCUUACCUAUCAACAGGAGAUUUUUUUAAAUUUUUUUUUUACCUGCCUUUUUUUAAACCAUUAAUACUUACUUUUGGCAUCAUGUUUGAUUAAAAAAUUGAAUUCUUGUCAUGAAAAACUUGCAGAAUGUCCAGGGGUGCACGUACUUUAGCAUGCAUAAUGUGAGCUAAGAGAUAAGACCUGAAACGAUAUCUCAUUUUAUUUCACCACUGUUGCCGAAAUGUCUGAUAACAGAGAUCCCUCUUUAUAGUCUGUUAGUUUUAGUUCAGCUGUAUAUCACUCUUGUCACGUUUUAUGACAUCUUUGAUGCCAUGUUUUUUUAGAAACUGUGUUGUAUGAAUGUACAGAAACUGAUUCCAAAAUAUCUUUGGUUUCAAGUGUGUAUUAAAACAUGUAGACUAAGUAUUA